AUACACUGGUCAUGGAGUCCAGACAAAUCAACUCUUCCUGACUUUACCCUCUCAUUUUGGUGGGUUAACAAACAUUUCCAUCACUACCGAAUUUCCAGAUCUCUCUCCGCCUAAUCCUCCAUGUCCGAAACUCAGCAACGAUUCCGCGGCGUCCGGCAACGGCGUAUGGGAUGGACCGCCGAAAUUCGCCACCCUCUUCUGAAGAACAAAAUAUGCAUAGGAACCUACCAAAAAGCAGAGGAUGCGGCGAGGGCGUACGACGAAGCUGCGAGGCUGAUACGAGGAGAAAAGGCGAAACAGAAUUUCCCUUACGAAGCCGCUAGUGAUGAUCCGGAAUCUUCUUCGUCGGUGAAGUUCCUUUCUGCUAAUCUGAUUGCUAAAAUUGAAAGGUGUCAAAAGGCAUCGGUCGAUCUCGCUAAAAGUCUCGCCGGUGCGUCCAGUGGCCAAAAGUAUCAAUCGCCGGCUGUUUGCAGCGGAGUUGGAGUUUCGGAGAAGAAGACCGAGCGAAGUGGCGGCGGCGGCGGCAUCGAUCUGCCGGAGAGUUCAGUGGGAUGUCAAGGUCACUGACUCGCAUGUGUGUGGACAAUAAUUGAUCAAGGCUUAGGCUCGUUUAUUGCAUUUCUCGGGAGUUUUAGCCGGCUUAUUAUUUAGUCAGAUUGGAAUUAUAGUUCAAUUUACGUCCUUAUGAUGUACCGUUCGGUAGUCAGAUUGGAAUUAUAGUUCAAUUUACGUCCUUAUGACGUACCGUUCGGACGGGAUGUCAUCUUUUUUUUCAUUGUUGUCCUCCAAUAUUAUGCUAGAAACACUUUUGGUAAAUAUGAGCAUAAGUUAAUGAUAGAAAUGUCUCUAACAC